UAAACGUAAGCAAACACUCCCCUCUAGUGACCAAGUUGUAGAAGACAAGUUGAGCUUCCGUCAAAUGAGGAAGGUGUUGUGGUCUAACGGAGCUUCCGUCGGUGGAGGUGGUUCACUUUUCCCCUUUCUGUCCCCACUAGCCAGGCAGCCUCCGCCACUACUCCAGUCCUGAUCUCAGCAUGGAUCGCUUUUUCUGCAUCACCUCAUUGUGUCGAUCGUAGUUUUUGUUGACACACUGCCUGUUGUGAACUCCUUCGACGCCAUGUUUAGCACCACUGGUUCACGGGGCCUGUACAAGGCUCCUCUAUCCAAAGGCCUCCUCCUGGUGCUGAGCGGGUUGACGGUGAUGCUCAGUCUGCUGCCCCAAUACCAACACAUGUUCGAGUACAACAUGUAUGCCGUCAGCCACCAGCAGCAGGUGUGGCGCUUGUUGUGCGGCCGGCUGGUGUGUCUGGACGUUAAGGACUCCUUCUGCAGCGGCCUGCUAAUAUACAACUUCAGAGUCUUUGAAAGGAGAUUCGGCUCCAGGAAGUUUGGUUCAUUCCUGGUCGGCACCUGGUGUCUCUCUGCACUACUGGAUUUUGUGUUGGCUCAAGCGCUCUCCUUGUUCUUCAACUUUGAGGUGGAGGACUUGCCCGCAGGGCUGCUGGCCCCAGUCUUUGCUCUCUUCGUGCCUUUCUACUUGUCCAUCCCUAAGGUGCCAGUCACCCAGGUCAUGGGCAGCAUCAACAUCACCAACAAGACUUUGGUCUACAUAGUCGGGCUGCAGCUGUUCACAUCCAGCCCCUUCAUGUGGCUCCUCGCGCUCAGCGGACUGAUCUCAGGUGGUUUGUACCACGCCAAUGUCCUCUGGCUCCAGAAGUUGCUGUUUGUGCCUGCCUGGCUGUGUGCUGUUGCACGUUACCUCCUGGAGCCCCUCUUCUCGACUUCUCAACCAACCAGUGAGGCGCCUCUGGGGAUGGGCGCCACACUCGACAUCCAGAGGCAACAGCGGAUGGACCAAUUGGAUCAACAACUGUUGCUGGCCCAGUUCGAGGCUCGUGCGAAUUCCAGACACCAAGCACAACAGACUGGGUUGCUCCAGUGGACCAGAUUGUUCCCCUCCCUGAGAGCCAGAAGAGCGGCCCCGACGCAGGCUCAAACACAGCCCUCGGCACCUCCGCCACCAUUGGACAACUCCGUCGUCGAAGAGCAGGUUGCCAGGUUGGUGGAAAUGGGCUUCUCCCGGAUGGACGCGCUCGAGGCCCUUCGGGCUUCUAACAACGACAUCAACAUGGCCACCAACUUCCUCCUGCAGCACUGAAACCCCCCAACGUGAGAGUGGGAUGAGCAGCAAACCGAAGCGGCGCAGCCGAAAACAAGAAGGCAGGAGAAGAGAUUGGGGGGGAAAAAAAGAAAUGGUGACAAAAGAAGCAGUGUGUUGUGCUUGUGCAGAUAACGUGAAGGCUCCACACAGCUGAUCACGCCUCGAACCGAACAGUUCUUACCGACCGAGGAGGUUUGAAGCACAAAGUGGGAUGUCAUAGUCGACAACUGUACAAAUGGCAAGCCUCACAUUACAGCUUACAUAUAUUUAAAAAAAAACAAUGUGAUCCAAAUGGCCUUUAAAAUCUGUCAUUUGUACAGGAGUCCAUGGUUUACGACAGUCUUGACACAAGGUUUUAAGGUUGUGGACUGGGCACAAUGAAGUAGUUUUCGCAGCGGCAUAAGAAUACACUGAAUCGUCACUAUUUGCGGGGGUUAAGGGAGCAAGUCUUUCCACCAAUAGCAAAUACCCGCAAGUAAUUGUCGCACUCCAUACUUGCCUAUGAAUGCCACAAGAUGAUGGUGAUGCAAUACAUGAAGCUCCUCAACUCAUGUCAACACGGUUCUUUUGCACCAUGAUACCACGAGAUGGCAGCAAUGCACUACAUGAACCUCCUCAUUUCAUUUCAUCCUAGUUCCUUGGCACCAAGGUACCACUAGAUGGUGCCAAAGCAAUGCUCAUAUCUUAUACAAGGCUCAUCUCAACUCAUUGUCCAGGAUUACAAUUAAAAAUUCAUAGUCUACAAAUGAUUUGAUUUGGAGAAAAAAAAAAAUCACUGGAAGUGCAAAGACCCUGAUGUGUGUAUGUGGGAGGGGUGUUAAAGAGAGCAUAGAAAUACGUGGAUAGGUGUGACAGUAAAUAUUUAUCAUUCAGCAGAAGAAGGUGCACAUAGUUUCUUGUUUUAUUUACUUUUUUUGAUUUGGUUUUAUUUUUAAGGACCACAAGCAUUUUUCAUCGUGUCUGGAAUGGUUUCAAAACAGUACACGGUCCGACUACAAAUUUCGGUUCCAUCUCCACGGUACAAAUGGACCAUUUUUUUCACUCCAUUGUCAUCAAUGACCCUCAUAACUGUAGUGACGGUAUGCAAAACAUGCCAAAACAGAUCCUCAAGGCAGAAAUAUUUUUUUAUACUUUUCAUCUUGUACUGGAAUAAAAAGUGCUUUGUUAAUUUGGCAAGGAGAUCAUAUAGUCUUACUCUUAAUGCCAAAACAUUUCAUUUUACAGUAUAAAACUAUGAAGCACAUGCAAUGCUUUAACUUUUUUCUAAUACUUGCUGUCCAUAUGUUGUCUCUCUGAAAUGCUUUUUUUUUUGUCUUUAACAAGUCAGCAAGUGUGACUGAUGGCAGCAGAUCUUUGCGAGGACGCGUGUUCAUUCCGUCUUGCAGGUUAGAUGGGUCAUCUCAGGUGAGACCGUGUGUUCUGUUUAAUCACAAUCUCUUUCGCACCCCCUCACGGAACACAUUAGGUGCACCUGUACCAAAAAAAAAAAAAACACGUCUUCACUGAGAUCUACUGAGGACAUAUUACAAAUGCAGAAUAUCCCACUAUGAUGUGUAAUUAAAAAACAAUGCAAACUACAACCACAAUAUUAAACAAAUGUUCUCUUUAGUCAAGCUUUUCUCUUACAAAGGCAGCUCCUGUUUGCAGGUGUACCUAAUGAUGUGGCUGUUGAGUGCAAAUAUACUUGAUGUAUUUAUCAUAUUUUCAAUUGUUCCCUGAUUUGGAAGAAAAUAAACUUUAAAUGUUUAUUUAUUAUGCAGUAAAUAUGACAAAUGCUGUUGCACAUAUCACGUGUGUGUGUUUUGUGAGUAUUGUAAAUGUUCAAGAGACAGCAGUUGCGUCAGUGAAGGGUACCACUUCUGUACAUUGGCACAAAAAUAAUAUUGCUAUGUGAGCGCACUUGAGUAGAGCCUAAUGAUUUAUAAUCAAAGUGAAAAUGUAGAGAUGUUGCUUGGAAUCGCAAUGUAACAGAGCCUACUUUUAUUGAUGAAAUAAAUCAACUUGCUGAUUGA